UGCCUUUCUACUUAAACCGAUCAUUAAAUGAGAGUGCAGCCACCGGCUCUUUAAUAUUAGAGCUAUAUGCACACUGUGUCGCUGUGCUGCUGGUCCAAUCGCUCUUUGUGACUUCAGCUAUUGGCUCAGAACGCUGCUUGUCUGACUCCAUCUGCAGGGCUCUAACACCUCCUGCACUCAGAUCCAUUCAACACACAACUCGCGCCAGCUGACAAGCAGGCAGCAGCAGCAGCAUAUCUUGCUCUCCUACUUUGUUUUGCCACACAACAAAGCUCUCUCGCAAGCAAAUGAAGCUGGGAGUCAUGAUGGGGAGGAGUUUGACAGAUCAAGUAUUGGAUCAAACUUAAAAAGCUAAUACCUUAAUUCAGCAUACUGGGAAAAAAGGUCACCUUGCCUUGCUGGAAAAAGAAACACACAAUCUCAGCCUUGCAGCUCUGUUCGGUACCUUUCUGCUUGCCUCUGUUCUACUUAGUUAGGCUAUCUGAUUACACAGACAAGGAUACUCAUGGUAGAUGACAAGGGAAAGAACAUGAAAUGUCUCACCUUCUUCUUGAUGCUUCCAGAGACAGUUAAGAACAGGUCCAAGAAAAGCUCCAAGAAGGCAAGCAGUAGCAGUGGCGGCAGCAGCAGCAGCAGCAAGUUACCUCCAGUUUGCUAUGAAAUCAUUACCUUGAAGACUAAAAAGAAGAAGAAGAUGGCUGCUGAUAUUUUCCCCCGAAAGAAGCCGGCGAACAGUAACACCACUGCUGUCCAGCAAUACCACCAGCAAAACAUCAAUAACAACAACAUCAUCCCAGCUCCAAACUGGCAAGGACUGUACCCCACCAUCCGAGAAAGAAAUGCAGUAAUGUUCAACAAUGACUUGAUGGCAGAUGUUCAUUUUGUGGUUGGUCCACCAGGUGGGACCCAGCGGUUGCCAGGACACAAAUAUGUCUUAGCUGUUGGAAGCUCUGUAUUCCAUGCAAUGUUUUAUGGAGAGCUUGCUGAGGACAAAGAUGAAAUCCGUAUACCAGAUGUGGAGCCUGCUGCUUUCCUCGCUAUGCUGAAAUACAUAUAUUGUGAUGAAAUUGACUUGGCUGCGGAUACAGUUCUGGCAACUCUUUACGCUGCCAAGAAGUACAUCGUUCCUCAUCUUGCCCGUGCAUGUGUUAACUUCCUGGAGACGAGUCUGAGUGCAAAAAACGCUUGUGUACUGCUCUCCCAGAGCUGUUUAUUUGAGGAACCAGACCUGACUGAGCGCUGCUGGGAAGUGAUUGAUGCCCAGGCAGAGCUGGCUUUGAAAUCGGAAGGCUUCUGUGACAUUGAUUUUCAAACACUCGAAAGCAUCCUCCAGAGGGAGACCCUGAAUGCCAAAGAAAUUGUGGUUUUUGAAGCUGCUCUCAGUUGGGCCGAAGUAGAGUGUCAACGCCAAGAACUACCUGCCAGCAUAGAAAACAAGCGCAAAGUCCUUGGGAAGGCACUCUAUCUCAUCCGCAUCCCUACAAUGGCGCUUGAUGACUUUGCAAAUGGUGCUGCUCAGUCCGGAAUCCUGACCCUCAAUGAAACAAACGAUAUCUUCCUUUGGUACACGGCUGCCAAAAAGCCAGAACUGCAGUUUGUGAGCAAUGCCCGGAAAGGCCUUGUCCCGCAACGCUGCCACCGCUUCCAGUCUUGUGCCUACCGCAGCAACCAGUGGCGCUACAGGGGCCGUUGUGAUAGCAUACAGUUUGCUGUUGACAAGAGAGUUUUCAUUGCUGGCUUCGGGCUCUAUGGCUCCAGCUGUGGAUCGGCCGAAUACAGUGCCAAGAUUGAACUCAAACGGCAAGGCGUUAUCCUAGGACAAAACUUGAGCAAGUACUUCUCUGACGGAUCUAGCAACACUUUCCCAGUGUGGUUUGAGUACCCCGUGCAGAUCGAGCCAGAUACCUUUUACACAGCUAGUGUGAUUCUGGAUGGAAAUGAACUCAGUUAUUUUGGACAGGAAGGGAUGACAGAAGUUCAGUGUGGCAAAGUAACUGUGCAGUUCCAGUGCUCUUCAGACAGUACCAAUGGCACUGGGGUUCAGGGUGGGCAGAUUCCAGAACUUAUCUUUUAUGCCUGAAAGAAGAUGGGUUCCACAACAUGGAGAGUGCUGUUCUGUGGUGUAUAUGUCUGGUCCAGACCUGUUUGAUACUUACCUUGCUGUCUGCAGAUAGGUGAUCAGUACAGGUAAUAUGUUCCUGAAUGAAGUGAACAGCUUAAUGCUUGCUGUUCUUUUAUAGCUUAAGUGUAAAAUUCUUUUUACUGGGAGCUCCCAGGAACAAGCAAAUUAGCAAAUUAUAAAAGUCAAGAGUUUCACAGCCUUACCACA